GAACAUCGAACGGACGGUAACAUUUUAUUUUUGCUACAAUGAGCCAACAGCUGAUACGGUCGCAUGUGGAAAACGGUAUCCGCGAGUGAGUGAACGCGGCGCUUGUGACUUAAAAUAGCCAUCCGGGUAGCACCACUGACCGACCAACCAACCAAAAAGCCCCGAACCCGAACUCGAAAGAGCGAGCGCGAUCCAUGCAUCCGCUCAUGUCACUGCGCGCCCACACCCACCCGCUUUCGAACCCGGACGCCGCAUAUCCCUGCUACUCCGACGACAACCUCCUCGUCGGCUUGCGCCGUUACUCCCUCACGCUGCCCCUCCCGCUCCCGUCGCGGAACCGGAACCGGAACCGGAACCGGAACCGCCUACCCUCGGCGCUGUGCGCGAAUGGUCCUCUGCCGCAACUGCCCAUCAACGAGUCCUCGUCCUACUCGUCGAGGCCGAAGCCGAAGCCGAAGCCGAAGCCGAAGCCAAAUCCGCUUCCCGUUCUCCUCGCCUCUGCUGGCUUCCUAUGCUGCGCCCGCGCCUUCCUCCGCUAUCUUCCGUCAGACUUUCCUGAGCGGUGGCGUCUUCUGCUGGAGUUCGCAGAGGGUGCGGAGGCGAAGGUGACGCAGCAGCUGCCCGCGCACCUGAUCCAGGCCGUCCUGGCCUCCGAGGAUCGCCGCUUCUUCUACCACUUCGGCGUCGAUCCGUAUGGUAUUGCACGGGCUGUCGUCCAUUACCCCAACGGUGGGGGCGGGAGCACCCUCACCCAGCAGCUUGUGAAAAAUGUCUUUUUGACAAACGAGCGUAAAAUUUCCAGGAAGUUCGUUGAGGGAAUAUUAUCCUUGUUUUUAGAGAGAAGAAUGUCAAAAUGGGAAAUUCUGUAUUCUUAUUUGAAUAAGAUGUAUUGGGGACAUGGAAAGUACGGAAUUGAAUCAGCAUCACUUUUUUACUUUGGUAAGCAUCCUUCUGAUCUUAAUGUGGGGGAGUCAGCCCUACUUGCUGGGAUAUUGCCUUCUCCUGAGACCCUUAACCCAUUUACAAGUCCAAACAGGGGAAAAUAUUCUCAAGCACGGGCAUUAAGAAGGAUGGUGGCAGCAGGAUUUCUUGAUCUAGAAACAGCACUUCUGAUUGUGAAGCAACCCCUUUCCUUUCCUGCUGAACUUGGAAACACAAAUGAGGAUUCCAAAGACGGCCGCAAAGAAAUUAGGUGUUGCUCAGCUAUCAAAGACAAUAUGGGAUUGGAAGAUGGCAUGCGUAUCAUGGAAAGCGGCAGAAGACAUGAAAAACUGGGCAUUGCGGGUGCAUAAAAGCAGCCAGUAGAUAUUUAUUUCGAAAAUUUCAGCUGGCAAAAGUGAGCAUAGAUAUGCAUUUCUUUGGCUAGUUGUUAAAAAGGGUGAUUGAUGGGAAGUGCGCGACGCUGUUGUCGAUACAGGGCUAUUCUUUACUUUUUUUUUUAAAAAUUUUUGUGCUUAAUAUUAUUCUUGACUUGUGCCGUGCCGCAGAUUUAAAUAAACCACCAGUUUGUUGUUGUUCUUUACACGUCA